AGGGAUUUGAAUAUGGCUAUUCUAUUCUUCUUCCUUGGUCUUUUCUUCUCAAGGCUGAACAUAUCCCGCUUCUUCAAGCUUUCAUCUUAGUUUGCAGACCUUAUAUUUAUACCUAUUUAAUGCAACCUGGUAAAAGGAUGGCUUACCAAAAAGUCCAUGGAGAUCAGAAUGCACAGUAUUUAGAUAGUGAAGACCUUCAAGCCACUUCCCUGGAGUUAGAAUGGGACAUGGAGAAAGAACUGGAGGAAGAGCUGAGCUUUGACCAUUUUACAUUGGAUGGAGCAGUCCAUCAAUCAAUGGAGAGUAGUCAGAAUGCUGACAUGGAGUCCAUUCAACCGUCAGCAUCUCCCAAAGGAAGGUUUGAAAGACUCCAGGAAGAUCUGGAUUAUAUUUCUCACCGGACACAGCAUCCACCAAAGACCAAUUGCUGCAGCUUUUGCUGGAUAUUUAAACUAUUUUGCACUGCUACGAGUUUAUUUAUUUUGGGGAUUUUGAUAGGCUACUAUGCACAUGCACAAUGCCCACCUUUACCUACAUCUUCAGAAGCCAGUAAUCCCACCAUCAUUCAGGAUAUUCUUAAAGGUAUCGGAGCAAAAGAGCUUGCAGACAUUUUCAG